GACGACAAAGUUCCAGAGUGUCAGUCUCUGUCUGAUGGUCAUGAUGUUCAGCCAAAACCAAGCAGUUCUGCUCCUCAUUGUGCUGCUAGCGCACCGUGUCUUUGCAGGGUUUGAAACUGAUGAGCACAGGGAUAUGCUGGUAUCCAGAGGAGACUCAGUCACGUUCCACUGCAACGUAUCCAGAGAAAAUGCGUCGGAAAUUACCUGGAACUUUAAAAGCUUCAUUUAUAAACAUUCUAUCCUGAUAAAUCAGACUUUUUCAAAUGUAUCCUCUGACAGACUGAGAAUAGAUCCUUUAAAGUUAAAUAUUUUCAGUGCUCAACCUGAAGAUGCAGGACUUUAUUCAUGUAGUGUAACUUCCAGACGAGGCUUAUGCAGUUUUUCCUGGAAUUUAACUGUGUCUGAGGACAUUGAAGAAACCAGUUCAUCGUGGUAUUUACUAUACGUACUCACAUCUGCAACUUUAUUGCUUCUAUGUGGCGUCGUAUCAGCUGUCUGCCUCUGGAGAAGAUGUCGAGCCAGGACCUGAAAAUUCGUAUGAGAGCAGGAUCCUGAGCCAGGCUCAGUAUCAAGGUCUAUUGGGAGGAGAGGUGGCCCAUCCUCAACCCUACAGACGUGCAGUGUAUAGACCAAUCAUGAGCUCUGAGAGACUCCUGUAAAUCUGUCGAGUCCACUGAGCUGACAGGCACAAAGUACAAGAGAAAGAAAGUAUUUCAUUACAUGUGAAAAUGAUGUGUCUGUGUAUAGUUAUUGCAAUAAGGAAAAGUACCAAAGUUUAUCUUAUGUUUUGAAAUGUUUAAUCUUUUUUUUUCUUGCAUGCAGAUCAUCUGUGUUUGAAUUUUAUGCUCUUCAUGUUUUGUUUAUUUCAUUGUCCAGUAGAUGUCGCUAAAGACUCAAAUGUGUCAUGGUUCUGUGUUUUGAGUAUUUCCUGUGACCCUGUUUGGUUUUCUUUGUGUUUCCUGUCCUUCUUGUGUGUUUCUUGUUCUGCGUCAUUUCCUGUAUUUUUCCACUCUUUGGUUGUUGGAUUAAUUUGUUGUUGUGACAUGUACCUGGAUUGUGACGAUAUAAAAGUGUUUCUUCAAAGAAAAUCAGAAGAGAGGAGAGCAGACUGAGAGGCAGAAGAGACAAGAACACAUUAAGAAACCACAAACAACAGUCUUCAUGUUAAGGGUUACAGUUGUUAUGUUGUUAUAAUGUAAAUAAAGUUAACUCAAAGCUAACUCAUGGGUCUCUCAUAUUUCAAGGCAGUCACACAAAACUAUAUAAUAUUAGAUGGUUAGAA